AUGGCGGGCCACGACGAUCACUCCGACGACUUGGGCGGUGUUCGGAGGAGACACUCUGCCCAUUAUGACCACAACGACAUUGACAUGAUCCAUGCCCGCUACGAUGGCUCCUCGAGCGAACGCUCUCAAUCCAGCCCUUCGACGUCUGGAACCGACAUUCCUAGCCAUACCGUCCGCGAGUCUAGCGAACAACCUUCCCGAGUGCGAUUCUCCUUGCAAGAGCAAAGACCAGAUACCUCGUCGCGAGGGAAGGGAAGAGGAAGAGCGAGAUCGCGAGGCUACUCGCUCCGUAGUUCGCUCUUCCAGCGCAACAUUCACGAUCGAUCUGUCAACUCUCCCGCUUCGCCGUCCUCUAUCAUCGAGAUGGCCCCCAUUGGGCCUUCGAACCAAAAUGCAGCUUCUCAUACUCCAGUCACUCCUCAAUCGGGCAAGAAGAGCAUGGACACUGUGGUCGAGAUCGCUCAGAUGAACGACGACGACCGUGAUCUGGAAGAACAAGACGUCAAGCUUCGUGCAUUCGAACAGAGCCAGGGCGUGCAAGGCAUAGGAGCCCUGCCGCACUACCAGUCCUGGAUUCAGCAACACACUGCUCGCAACAAGACUUGGCGGUCUAUGAAGGCUGGAUAUCACAAAGCUAGAAAGUUUGUCUUGCGCAUCCAGGAGAUCCCGCCAACGAAAGACGGCAGACAUAUUGACCUGGACGCUUCUCGCAAGACUACGCUACUCGACGAACGGACUGGCAAAGCCUAUAUCACAAAUUACAUUCGUUCUAGUCGAUACACGGCUUGGAACUUUGUACCUCGUCAACUAUUCGCUCAGUUUUCUAAACUUGCUAAUUUCUAUUUCCUUUGUGUUUCUAUUCUACAAAUGAUACCCGGUCUCAGUACCACUGGAAGUGACGNNUAUACCACGAUUAUUCCCUUACUGUUUUUCGUUGCUCUAUCUAUGGGUAAAGAAGGUUACGACGAUCUACGACGUUAUCGCUUGGACAAGGUAGAGAACAACCGCGAAGCCUCUGUUCUACACGCAUAUCAGCCAGUACCCACAUCUGAAUCUCAAGUCGAAGAGGGAAAUGCUCACACCGAAGGCCCAAUCCACUGGGCAAAGACGAAGUGGCAAAACCUUCAGGUCGGCGACAUUGUCAAACUCGAGAGAGAUGAAUCUAUCCCAGCCGAUCUGGUUUUGCUGAGCUCGAGGGGCGCUAAUGGUAUCGCGUACAUCGAAACAAUGGCAUUGGAUGGAGAAACCAAUCUCAAGAGCAAACAGGCUCCAGUAAAUCUGGCUAAACAUUGUGCUACACCUGAAAACAUUGCUUCUUGCGAUGCCCAUUUCGUUGUCGAGGACCCGAACAUCGAUCUGUACAACUUCGAAGGCAAAGUGUCACUGGGAGGCGAAACGGCACCUUUGACCAACAACGAAAUCGUUUAUCGAGGCAGCAUCUUGAGAAACACUUCUGAGGCUUAUGGAAUGGUCAUCUACAGCGGUGAGGAGUGCAAGAUCCGAAUGAACUCCAACAAAAACCCUCGUAUCAAGGCUCCCACUCUACAGGCUAUUGUCAACAAAGUUGUCAUUGUCAUCGUUAUCUUUGUCAUUCUCCUGGCGAUCUUCAACACAGUGGCAUAUCAAGUCUGGCGCAGCGGUACAGAAGUCAACUCAUGGUAUCUCAUCAACGCCAGAGUCGCCUUCUUCCCGAUCCUGACCAGUUUCAUCAUCAUGUUCAACACGAUGAUCCCUCUCUCACUCUAUGUUUCUAUGGAGAUUGUCAAAGUCUGGCAGAUGAUUCUGCUUAACGACAUUGACAUGUACGACGAAGUCACCGACACACCAUUUGAGGCGCGAACAUCAACCAUCAACGAAGAGCUGGGUCAGGUUAGCUAUGUGUUUUCUGACAAGACCGGUACUUUGACAGACAACAUGAUGAAGUUUCGCAAACUCAGUGUCGCGGGUACGGCUUGGUUGCACGACGUCGACUUGCAGGAUAAGCAAGAUGAUUCCGAAAUGCUUAUCCACAAGAAGAGAAGCCGCAAGGGCAAGGGCAAGAAGCCGGUUCGCAAGUCGACUACCUCUAUCAUGACCUCCACGCACAAGUUCGAUGGCGCAGACGACCAGAUUGAGUUCACCGAACAUGGUCGUAAGUCGACUUCACAGUGGACCUCAUCUGCAAGACCCGGAAAGGCUCAGCCUGAGCUCAGCACACAGACCAUGAUUCGCUACAUACAACGAAAGCCUUUCACACUAUUUGCANAAAAGGCUCGUAUGCUCCUGUUGUCUAUGGCAUUGUGUCAUACAUGCUUGCCUGAGACACAAGAUAAUGGUGAAGUAGACUUUCAGGCAUCCUCGCCCGAUGAGCUUGCCCUUGUGAGAGCAGCACAAGAGCUCGGAUAUCUCGCCGUAAACCGAGAAUCUGCGACCCUGACCAUCAAGACUUUUCCUAAUGGCAUGAACCAAGAACCUGUUCUGGAGCAGUACGAGAUCAUGGAUGUCAUCGAAUUCUCCAGCAAGCGGAAGCGAAUGUCUGUUACCGUUCGCUUCCCUGACGGACGUGUCUGUGUGGUUUGCAAAGGAGCUGACACCAUUGUCAUGCAACGCCUUAAGCUCGCUUCUCUAGCAAAUCAGAAGAUGGUCGAAAUUGAGAAGCGGACGAGCAUGCGCAAAAGCAUGGAAGCCCAAGAAGCUAUACGUCGUAGAGGUGAACAACAUGAGCGUUCGAGCUUCGCAAGACCCAGCUUUUCGAGACCAAGCUUCUCGAUGUCGAUUGGCCGACCUAGUAUAGGUGGUAUUCCUCGUACCAGCAUGGGAAACCCUAGACUGCAGCCUAUCCGCGAUGAGCUCAAUAACUGGCUCAAGGAACGCGAGAGCGAGGUCAACGUGUCGAACGAUGAGGAGACGAGUGUGCAUUACUCUCCACGACCCUCGACUCAUAUGCACAGUCGACACUCACUUGCUCCCUCUGAAGCUCGUAGCUCGCUGCAGUACGAUGAGUUCGAGCAGGAUGAGCUUGUUGAAGAGUCUCUUGUCACGGACGAGGCUACAGUACUUGAACGCUGCUUCCAACACAUCAAUGACUUUGCUACUGAGGGCCUUCGCACACUGCUCUACGGAUACCGAUUCCUUGAUGAGCAGGAGUACCUAGGGUGGAAGAAGGUUUACCAUGACGCCACAACAAGUCUCGUAAACCGUCAAAAGAUGAUUGAGGACGCAGGCGAGAUCAUUGAAAGAGACCUUGAUCUUGGUGGUGCCACUGCCAUUGAGGAUAAGCUCCAAAAAGGUGUACCGGAAGCCAUUGACAAACUCAGACGUGCCAACAUCAAGAUGUGGAUGUUAACAGGUGACAAGAGAGAAACAGCCAUCAACAUUGGUCACUCUUGUCGUCUCAUCAAGGACUAUUCGGCCGUCACAAUCCUGGACCAUGAGACCGGACAAGUCGAGCAACGUAUUGCAACCACCAUCCUUGAUAUCAACAACAACAAGGUAGCACACUCGGUCGUAGUCGUUGAUGGCCAGACACUGGCUCUGAUUGAGGACGAUGAGUAUUUGCAUAAGCUCUUCUUUGAGCUUGCAGUUCUUGCAGACUCGGUCAUCUGUUGCCGUGCAUCUCCAAGUCAANAAGCAGGCCUUGUGUCGGCUGUGCGACGAAAGGUCAAGAACAGUAUCACGCUAGCCAUAGGAGACGGCGCGAAUGAUAUUGCUAUGAUUCAAGAAGCACACGUCGGUAUCGGUAUCACCGGAAAAGAAGGUCUGCAAGCAGCUCGCACCUCGGAUUAUUCCAUUGCUCAAUUCCGCUUUCUCGUAAAGCUGCUCUUGGUCCAUGGGCGCUGGAAUUAUAUCCGUAUAUGCAAAUACACCGUCGGCACAUUCUGGAAGGAGUUCCUCUUCUAUCUUACCCAAGCACUCUAUCAACGCUGGACUGGCUACACUGGCACAUCAUUGUACGAAUCUUGGUCGCUAAGUAUGUUCAACACGCUGUUCACCAGUCUUCCGGUCAUCUUUAUGGGCGUGUUCGAGAAGGAUCUUUUGCCCCAGACUCUGAUAGCCGUGCCUGAACUGUACACCAAAGGUCAGCGGAACGGAGGCUUCAACUUCAAGAUUUUCUUCGCUUGGAUCUUUAUGGCAUCGAGCGAGGCCAUUAUGAUAUUCUUUAUCAUGUUUGGACUCUAUGCCCAGGCCGCCUUCACCAAGGACCAAGGACUAUACGCCAUCGGAUCUUUGACAUUUACUGCAAGUAUCAUUUUGAUCUCCAUGAAGCUGCAAGUCAUAGAGAACCACAACAAGUCCAUCAUGGCCGUGAUAGCCUGUGUGCUGUCUAUAGGCGGAUGGUUCCUAUGGAUGAUCAUCCUCGCCUCGAUCUAUGCGCAAAAUUACACUUACAAUGUCAAAGACAGCUUCUUUGUCCGAUUCGGCGACAACUUGCUCUGGUGGCUCACUCUGCUGCUGAUUGUUGUAGCAACCAUGUGGUUCGAAUUUGGAGUCAAGAGCUUCAAAGCAGCAUACUUUGCGACCGACGUGGAUCUCUUCCAACUCUACGAACGCGACUUGGAGAUCCGAAAGCGAUUUGAAGAAGCAGCUGCGAUGGAACUGCAAGCGGGUUGGCAUCACGGCAGCAAGAAAUCGAGUUUCGAGCAGCAGCGCGAGGAAGAAGCGCAAGCAAUGCGUGAGAACGAAAUUGAAGAUCUUCUGAACAGGCCGCGAGUUAUGGAGGAAGGAGGUGCGAAAGCGGGUGUGGUGUUGGAAGAGCAGAGAGUGUUUGUUGAGGACGGGCCUAAGAGGCCUUCAACCGACAUUCAAGAGAUGCUGUCAAGAAGAUUUGGAUCAGUCAAGCAAGGAGGUAUCGAUAUGGAUAAGAAGUAA